CCGGAGUGUGACCUGAGAAAGGAGGAGGAAGGAUGGGGUACGUGUUGAGGGUAAGAAUGGCAUCUUUCUUCGCCGGAGCUGCGACUGCUUCUUGUAUCGGCCUCUCUGUUCUCUAUAAGGAUUACAAAACCCCUCACGAAUCCAUUUCUCUCCAGGCAAAGGCUUUUCAUGACUCUCUGGAUACAAGGAUCUCUACUCUUGAAAGCUUGAGACAAAGUGAAGCUCCUCAGCUUCCUCAGACAACAACUGAUUAGUAUAUGUUUCAUACAUGGAUACACUCUGUCUUGCUGAUGAUUUUUUUUAUUUGAGGUGCUCUUUUCCAAGUUUAUGAAUAAACUUGGAAGUUCUUGUAUGACUACUGUUAUCAAACAAUUAAGUUAACGUAGUCUACAAUGCACUGAAACUUGCUGUAACACUCCGCCAUUAUAAAAAGUUUUGUUUCAGAUUA